CCAUCUUUCUAGCCGGCUUCAGGUGAAACACGUUGCUGGAAGGGGGGAAAAAAACACGUUUUACUCGUAAAUAUUUGUUUCUGAACGCGAGUUCUACUUUAUUUUCACCCAAGACGGACUAAGGGAGCCGAAGAGGCUCCACAGCGUCCGUCCCUCCGUCCCCGUCAUGGCGGACAAGAACACCAGGAUCGCCAUCGUCAACCACGACAAGUGCAAGCCUAAGAAAUGCAGGCAGGAGUGCAAGAAGAGCUGCCCGGUGGUCCGCAUGGGUAAGCUGUGCAUCGAGGUGACUCCCCAGAGUAAGAUCGUGUGGAUCUCUGAGUCUCUGUGCAUAGGCUGCGGCAUCUGCAUCAAGAAAUGUCCGUUCGGGGCGCUGUCCAUCGUCAACCUCCCCAGCAACCUGGAGAAGGAGACCACCCACAGAUACUGCGCCAACUCCUUCAAGCUGCACAGGCUGCCCAUCCCCAGACCCGGCGAGGUGCUGGGGCUGGUGGGGACCAACGGGAUCGGCAAGUCCACGGCUCUGAAGAUCCUGGCCGGGAAACAGAAGCCCAACCUGGGAAAGUUUGAUAACCCUCCAGACUGGCAGGAGAUCCUGACCUACUUCAGGGGCUCUGAGCUGCAGAACUACUUCACCAAAAUCCUGGAGGACGACCUGAGGGCCAUCGUCAAGCCGCAGUACGUCGACCAGAUCCCCAAAACCGUCAAGGGGUCAGUAGGGGCCAUCCUGAGCCGGAAAGACGACACAGACACGCAGGACAUCAUCUGCAACCAGCUAGAUCUGAGUCACCUGCGGGAGAGAAACGUGGAGGAUCUGUCCGGAGGGGAGCUGCAGAGGUUCGCCUGCGCGGUGGUCUGCAUCCAGAGGGCCGACAUCUUCAUGUUCGACGAGCCGUCCAGCUACCUGGACGUCAAGCAGCGGCUGAAGGCCGCCAUCACCAUCCGCUCGCUCAUCACCCCCGACAGGUACAUCAUCGUGGUGGAGCACGACCUGAGCGUGCUGGACUACCUGUCGGACUUCAUCUGCUGCCUUUACGGCGUCCCCAGCGCCUACGGAGUCGUCACCAUGCCCUUCAGCGUCCGAGAAGGUAUCAACAUCUUCCUGGACGGUUACGUUCCCACGGAGAAUCUCAGGUUUCGGGAAACCUCGCUGGUCUUCAAAGUGGCCGAAACGGCAAACGAGGAGGAAGUGAAGCGUCUCCGGCACUACCAGUACCCAGACAUGGGGAAGACGAUGGGCGAGUUCAGUCUGGACAUCAAAGGCGGAGAGUUCACAGACUCUGAGAUCAUGGUGAUGCUGGGAGAGAACGGCACAGGGAAGACCACCUUCAUCCGGAUGCUGGCUGGGGGACUCAGACCCGACGGAGGAGGUGAAAUUCCCAUCCUGAACGUCAGCUACAAACCUCAGACCAUCAGCCCCAAGUUUAAGGGCAGCGUCAGAGCUCUGCUCCACGAGAAGAUCAGAGACGCCUACACGCACCCGCAGUUCAUCACCGACGUCAUGAAGCCGAUGCAGAUUGAGAGCAUCAUCGACCAGGAUGUCCAGAACCUGUCCGGUGGAGAGCUGCAGAGAGUCGCUCUCACGCUGUGUCUGGGUAAACCGGCCGACGUCUACCUGAUCGACGAGCCGUCUGCGUACCUGGACUCUGAGCAGAGGUUGAUGGCCGCCAGGGUCAUCAAGAGGUACAUCCUUCACGCCAAGAAGACGGCGUUUGUGGUGGAGCACGACUUCAUCAUGGCGACGUACCUGGCCGACAGAGUCAUCGUGUUCGACGGUGUUCCCUCCAAGAAGACCACGGCUAACACGCCUCAAGGCCUGCUGGCCGGGAUGAACCGCUUCCUGUCUCUGCUGGAGAUCACGUUCAGGAGAGACCCGAACAACUUCAGGCCGAGGAUCAACAAGCUCAACUCCAUCAAGGACACGGAGCAGAAGAAGAGUGGGAACUAUUUCUUCCUGGACGACUAAGAUGGCGUCCCUCCUGACCAACUGCGACAUCCUGGCUGCAGGCCGGUGCCCGCCAUCGCAUCGCCUCCACGUUCACAGCCAGGCUGCGUUUUAACCAGCCGUGAUUAAACCAUAAGAAGCGACAAAAAACGAAACUCAUCCGCCUUUCUGUACCGCGCUGCGUUCACUGUCCAGCGAUGUUGUGACGUGUAAGAUGAUAAUGAAAUGCUCUGCGCUGAUUGGCCGCCGGCCCGACCGCGUGAGCCGAGAUCACGAGGCGGCGGCGGCGACGCCGUGGGACAUUCAGCAGCGAAUUUUAUCACUCAUGCAUUUACGACCCAUAAUAAACAGAUGCUUCCUGACCCGGAA